AUGUUUGGCUUGGGCAAACUCUUAUAUGUGGUCGUCUUGUGCGUCAAUGGCAUUGCCAUUUUGAGCGAGGACCGUUUCUUGAAUCGAAUUGGAUGGGGCCUGCUGCAGACACUGCAAUCCCAGUUCCAGAACCAGUAUGGAAUGCAAGCUGCAGAUGCAUCCAUCAAAUCGCGUCUCGUGACGCUUAUAGGUGCCAUCAGAACGUUGUUGCGCUUCCCUUUGAUCUUUGUGAAUGUUCUUAUCAUUCUAUAUGAGGUGCCAUUCGGUUAA